CAACAUUCAAAACCCGCCCUAAUCUUCGCAACCCACCUCGAGUAGGCAAUUUCAACACAUCACAACCAAGCCACUCAUCCGACAAAAUGCCUACCAGACUGUCGAAGACCAGGAAGCACCGUGGCCACGUCUCGGCCGGUCACGGUCGUGUUGGUAAGCACCGCAAGCAUCCCGGUGGUCGUGGUAUGGCCGGUGGUCAGCACCACCACCGAACGAACAUCGACAAAUACCAUCCUGGUUACUUCGGUAAGGUCGGUAUGCGAUACUUCCACAAGCAACAGAACCACUUCUGGAAGCCUAUCAUCAACCUCGACAAGCUGUGGUCGCUCAUCCCCACUGAGACCCGCGAGGCUUAUCUGUCCGGCGAGAAGAAGGACACCGUCCCCGUCAUCGACCUCCUUCCCCUAGGCUACUCCAAGGUCCUCGGCAAGGGCCGAAUUCCCGAAGUCCCUCUAGUUGUCCGAGCAAGAUGGGUCAGCAAGUUGGCGGAGAAGAAGAUCACGGAGGCUGGUGGUGUUGUUGAGCUGGUCGCGUAAGGAUGCGUAGGCGGGAUGGUUUCUAUUUGCGGAACAAGGGAACGGAUACCUGACGUUUGGGACGGUUGUAACUCACGGACCUGCACAUAUAGCAGGUAGUCUUCGGUUUUCUCGAGCAUCGCAUGGCAUGAUCGGAUUCUACGAAAGGGAGUUCAGCUGAAUACAAAAAAUGCAUUUUACCCAAUUCAGAAGGCGACCUAGCGCCUAAUUACGAUUUUCAGGAGCUGGACAGAGAGGCUUGCCGAAGGUGCCUCGGUCCUGUAGAGUACUAGGCUAGGUAUCCAAGGCCGUAUGUACUCUUCCCUUUAGUGGAUAAUUGCUGCAGAUAGCAGUUCUGACCGUAGUGAACGAGUACGGACUGCCUCUGAUACUUAAUGUUCCGAAUGUGAGAUGACUUUGAACACCGUCCAAAUGCCCGGAGGUCGUAAUCUAACA